GCUCCCGCCCGAGGUUCCGCGCUGCGAGCGGCCCGGGAGCCCCGGCGACACCAUCGCACAGCCGGCCGCGGGCGGAGCGAGCCGAGCGGGCUGGGACCCAGGUCCGCGGCGGGCGCCGGCUCGCGCGGGCGGCGAUGUUCCACUGCAUCCCCUUGUGGCGGUGCAACCGUCAUGUGGAGAGCCUGGACCGGCGCCACUGCUCGCUGGUGUGUGUGCCCGAGGAGGUGUACCGCUACGCGCGCAGCCUGGAGGAGCUGCUGCUGGACGCCAACCAGCUCCGCGAGCUGCCCGAGCAAUUUUUCCAGCUGGUCAAGUUACGGAAGCUCGGGCUGAGCGACAAUGAGAUCCAGCGGCUCCCUCCAGAAAUCGCCAACUUCAUGCAGCUGGUGGAACUGGACGUGUCUCGGAAUGAUAUCCCUGAGAUUCCAGAAAGCAUCUCGUUCUGUAAAGCACUGCAGGUAGCUGACUUCAGUGGAAACCCGCUGACCAGGUUGCCAGAAAGCUUUCCUGAAUUACAGAAUUUAACUUGUCUCUCUGUAAAUGACAUCUCACUGCAGUCUCUGCCUGAAAAUAUUGGCAAUCUUUAUAACCUGGCUUCACUGGAACUGAGAGAGAACCUUCUUACGUAUCUUCCUGACUCUCUUACCCAACUCCGGAGACUAGAAGAACUUGAUUUAGGAAACAAUGAGAUAUAUAAUUUGCCAGAAUCAAUUGGAGCUCUCUUACAUCUGAAAGAUCUCUGGUUGGACGGAAAUCAGCUGUCAGAAUUACCUCAGGAAAUAGGAAAUCUGAAGAACCUGCUGUGCUUAGAUGUCUCUGAAAACAAGUUGGAGAGACUUCCUGAAGAAAUCAGUGGCCUGACUUCAUUAACAGAUUUAGUAAUUUCCCAGAACUUGCUGGAAACAAUUCCGGAUGGCAUCGGAAAGCUGAAGAAGCUGUCCAUCCUGAAGGUGGAUCAGAACAGACUCACGCAGCUGCCCGAGGCUGUUGGGGAAUGCGAGAGCCUCACAGAGCUGGUUCUCACCGAGAAUCGGCUCUUGACGUUACCUAAGAGCGUUGGAAAACUUAAGAAGUUGAGCAACUUGAAUGCAGACAGAAACAAAUUAGUGUCUUUACCAAAAGAGAUUGGCGGGUGCUGCAGCCUCACUGUGUUCUGCGUGCGGGACAACAGACUGACGCGGAUACCUGCCGAGGUGUCACAGGCAACAGAACUUCACGUCUUGGAUGUGGCCGGGAACAGGUUGUUGCAUCUGCCACUGUCCCUGACCACCUUGAAGCUGAAGGCUCUGUGGUUAUCUGACAACCAGUCCCAGCCUCUGCUCACCUUUCAGACGGACACAGACCACGCCACGGGAGAGAAGAUCUUAACCUGUGUCUUGCUGCCUCAGCUGCCUUCUGAACCGACCUGUCAAGAGAACCUGCCUCGUUGUGGUGCCCUGGAGAGCCUGGUGCACGACGUCUCCGAUGACGCCUGGAGUAUGCGUGCAGUGCACCGAGUUAGUGCCAUCCGGUUUUUGGAUGAUGAAAAAGAGGAAGACGAAAACGAAACGAGAACACUUCUAAGGCGAGCUACGCCGCACCCCGGGGAGCUGAAGAGCAUGAAGAAGACGGUGGAGAAUUUACGGAAUGAUAUGAACGCUGCUAAGGGGCUGGAUUCCAACAAGAACGAGGUCAAUCACGCCCUUGACCGAGUGACCACUUCCGUGUAGCCCUCGCCGCGGGACUGGCCUCCUGUGUCUUCCCCUGCUGUCCAGACGUCCUGUCUGUCCUCACCAGCGCCUGUGUCGCCUGCCAUUCCUGGUGGGCGCUGCCCUCCUGCCCAGGAAGUGCCUUACUGCCCCCGUCCAGUCGCCAUUCAGUGGUCUCCUGGCCUGGUUGUUUUUCUUUUGACUUCGGUUGUUUGUAAUAGGCAGAAUACACUACUGUAAACAUCUGGCCUUCGUUUCUGUCUUAUGUUGGGGUGAGAGUGAGCAGGAUAGGGAAUUAUAUCCCCUUCCUUCCGUGCAGUGCUGGGACAUUUUGAACCCAAGUUCUCUUGAACCUACUGAUGGGAGGUGGUUUUGUGUACAGGGAAAAACUGAUACUUUUUUAACCUUGUUCGGCAGCUCAGAUGGUGUAAAUUUUAAGAUUUUGUAUAGGUAUUUCAUAAUGAAAAUAUGUAUUUCUCUUUCGUUAUCUUGCAGACGGUACAUAUUUUAGGAUUUGUGCAAGAAAACAAACCAGUCUUCAAGUAUUUGUUUCUACUUGUACUACCCACUUGUGCCUUACUGUGUCCCCUGUCACCUGAACUGGUCGUGAAUGGUGGCGUCACUGAGACUGGGAAUGUGGGCCUUUUUCAGCAGUGCUGGAUUCUAAUCAGCAGUCUGCUUGGUAGACUUAUUUUUAACCAAAAAGAUGAGUUACCAAUAAUGUGUGAGUUAUAUUGGUUGAUGUUUUUUGAAUGAUGAACCAAAGGACUAGGCCACAAAUAAUUUCUUACUCUUUACCUUUUGAUGAAUAAGUGUUUUUUUAGUGAGUGCAGUAUCAGACUGUGUCCUCUCCAAAGGCAUGUGCCAUUUGUACAAUACGAUAGAGCAGAAAAGCACAAGAGAAGUCCGGUUCAGAAAUUCAGUGGGUAAAUUAUGUAUUGCAAAUAAAGUGAUUCUUACUGAAGACAGCUUUAAAAGUUUUAUAUGCAGAUAUAAGACCAUAAUACAGUAAAAUAACGUAUACCACCAUAAUAGAAAUGUUGCUAUCUUUGUAAGUGCAAUUUAAUUUGUAAAUAGAGGUUGAAUCAAAAUAUAACAAAGAAAUGCUUCAAGAGUUAA